AUGAUGCUGGAAAGGAGAAGAGUGGCCCUGGUGGCGGAAAUCAUCUUCACCAAGAAGGAGCCGCUGCAGGAGGAAGAAACGAUUCAUUGUCGUUGCUCCAGAGCCUUCGUACAGUCUAACAGGAGUUCCUCAAAAUACUGUGAAGAUACAAGUGAAGAAGAGGCUGAUGAAAAAGUUGAUGAGGAGGUGUUUGAUCCACGAGUGGGAGUAUCAGGAGGGAUCCAAGAUGCUGGCUGGGAAGCCUACUGGGCACAACAGGGAGAAGCUCUGAUGUGGAGCAGCUGGCUGGAGAAACAUUCAGAGGAUGAGCUGCCGUCUUCAGAAGAUCCAGGACGGCCUCCUUGGGACAACCCGGAUACAAAAGCUCUCUGGGACAAACACGCUACAGAGACCUACUAUUCUUAUUGGGAACAGUACUCAUACUGGGCGGGACAGGGCUGGACCUUUGAGCAGUCUGCCUGUAAUGGGAACGCUGGAGGGGAAGAAGAAACAGGAAUCACGGACAGAGGUUUACAGAGCCAAUCAGAGAGAGACGGCCCUACUGGAGCUGAGAGUGAACACGAAGAAGAUGAUGCUGAAGUUUUGCAUGUUCUGUUUGGACAGAGCUUCACAAUGGAGGCAGGUGGACAGUGUGGUUCAGUCAUGGUCCCGUCAGAGGGAGCGUCCUGCAGCUCUGAUGAUGCUUCUGAUGAUGGGAAUAACCGCAAGAGACCAGCUGACUCUGUACAGCAUCACAGCACUACAGGCUUCCAACUGGCUGCUGCCGGGAAUAACAGACGGCACGGAUCGAGGAAUGAAACACCCGAUGGAAACGAUGAUGAUGACGAUGAUGACAAACCUCCAGGAAAAGGAAGCGCUAAAGUCAAACGGAGUCAUGAGCUGGAUGUGGACGAGUGCCCACGUCUGACAGCCGAGGACGCCUGGAGUCAGCUCGGCCUCAAACACAACCCACAGCCUCAGUUCAACAGUGUGUUAAGCUUCAAAGGAAGCUCAGCUUCAAAGUGUCAGAAGCAGCGACGGACCAAGAGAACAAUCAGCAGCACCAACAAACGCAGCAGGUUCUCAAAGAUGGGCAGAGACAGCUCACAGAGCAGCUCCGCCCUUUGUAAGGUUCAAAGUUUCCUUGAACAGGUCCAGCGAGAGAGAGAGGGUGACCAGAGUGAGGUGGACAGAGAGAGACACCCUGAGGACAAGCCUCCAUUUUUAAGAGAAGCUCAAGAAGAAAAAGACGAGAGGAAGAAGGAGGUGACGAAGUCUGCAUCCAGUUUAGAUGCAGAGGGCAGCAGUCACCCCAGCAUCACCUUCAACUCUGUCACAGAGGAGAGUGAGGUGGAGGAGAGAGAGGAGCAGCCGGGCAGACACUUGCCCUGUCUUCAGAUUCCUGACUUUCUCCUGCCCGAUGAGCCUGAAGCUCACAACACAAAAACACCAAAGAAGAAGAAGAAGAAGAAGAAGCAGCAGGUCCCAGCAGAGAUGGCAGCUGAACCACAGCUGGCUAAAUACUGGGCUCAGCGCUACAGACUCUUCUCUCGCUUUGAUGAAGGCAUCAGACUGGACCGAGAGGGCUGGUUCUCUGUGACGCCAGAGAGGAUCGCUGAGCACAUUGCCCUCAGGGUGGAGCACAGUUUUUUUGAGGCUCAGCUGGUCAUAGACGCCUUCUGUGGUGUUGGAGGAAAUGCCAUCCAGUUUGCCCUCACUGGAAAGAGAGUCUUAGCCGUUGACAUCGAUCCAGUGCGGCUGGACAUGGCUCGGCACAACGCUGCAGUUUACAGUGUGGCCGAUCGAAUCGACUUCAUACAAGGGGACUUCCUUCAGCUGGCCCCCCACCUCCACGCUGACGUGGUCUUCCUGUCGCCACCGUGGGGAGGACCUGACUACCUAACUGCUGAGGUGUUCGACAUCAGGACCAUGAUGGAGCCUGAUGGAUUCGAGAUUUUCCGCCUGGCCAAACUGAUAUCAGACAACAUUGUGUUCUUUCUUCCGCGUAAUGUGGACAUGGAUCAGGUGGCCUCUUUAGCCGGCCCAGGAGGGAAGGUGGAGGUCGAGCAGAACUUCCUGAACAACAAGCUGAAGACAGUGACUGCUUACUUUGGCAGCUUGAUAAGCCCGGGCUGAGCCGCGCACCAGAUCCUGUGUGAACCACAUCUACACAGGAUCUUAUUCACUCUGCAGACCAGCCCAGCUUACCCACCUGGCUUUUUAUUAUGGUUUAUAAUAUCUGUUUAUAUUUUGUCCUUUUAUUCUACAUUUCUAAUAAAAUGUUUUUCUCAUUGUUUU